CCAUGAAUCAGUGCACGUUCACUGUCCUACCUGUAGAGCGAGCCGAGCUGGAAACAAAAGUCUUUUCCGAAUUUAGAAAACUCAGAUUGACAGCCGAGUUAGUCAGUCACACUUAUCUUCUGUUUUUAUUGACGAAAGCCUCCCUUAAAAAAACAUGGAGGAAUGGGGAAAGUCGUGGCAUUCUCUCCGUUUUAGCUCGGUUUCAGUCCUAUAGACGGGCUGCUGCCAAACUUUCCUGCGCGUCUGCCUUUCCCACUGGGCGGUCGUUCCGUGUAACUUUAAGCCGGGGAUUUUUCGGCCUGUUGUUUGUUAUUCUUUUUUUAAAAAAAAAACACUUCACCGUGAAGGUACAGACCCUAGAAUGUCGAUCUUGGGCUUAAAGAAGAAACAGCCGAAGACUUUCAAAGUGAAAGUCAUCACCAUGGAUGCUGAAGUGGAGUUCAGUUGCGAGGUUAAAUGGAAGGGAAAGGAUCUUUUUGAUCUGGUGUGUCGUACAAUCGGACUGAGGGAGACCUGGUUCUUUGGGCUCAGGUACACCGUGAAAGAUACCUAUGCUUGGCUGAAAAUGGAGAAGCGGGUUUUAGAUCAGGAGGUUCCGAAAGAAUUUCCUAUCACGUUUCAUUUCCUAGCAAAGUUUUUCCCGGAAAAAGUGGAGGAAGAGCUUGUUCAGGAGAUAACGCAACACCUAUUCUUCCUACAGGUGAAGAAGCAGAUCUUGGAUGAGGAGAUAUUUUGUUCUCCGGAAGCAGCUGUUCUCUUGGCAUCAUAUGCUGUUCAGGCCAAGUAUGGAGACUACGACCCCAAUUUUCACAAGCCAGGGUUUUUGGCCCAAGAUGAGCUCAUGCCUAAGAGAGUUCUGAUGCAGUAUCAGAUGACUCCAGACAUGUGGGAGGAGAAGAUAACAGCGUGGUAUGCGGAGCAUAGGGGCAUCGCCAGGGAUGAAGCUGAGAUGGAUUACCUGAAGAUAGCACAGGACCUUGACAUGUAUGGAGUCAGUUACUUCUCAAUAACUCAAAACAAGAGGGACACAGAGCUUCUCCUUGGGGUGGAUGCCCAGGGGCUUCACAUAUACAACCCCAACAACAAGCUGAACCCUAACAAGUCCUUCCCUUGGAGUGGCAUCAGAAACAUAUCCUAUAGUGAGAAGGAGUUCACAAUAAAGCCAUUAGACAAGAAGAAGGAAGUCUUUAAGUUCUAUUCAUCCCAGCUCAGAGUCAACAAACUGAUUCUGCAACUAUGCAUUGGAAACCAUGACCUGUUUAUGCGGAGAAGGAAGGUGGAUUCGAUUGAGGUCCAGCAGAUGAAAGCACAGGCUAAGGAGGAGAAAGCCAGGAAGAAGAUGGAGCGGCAGAUUCUCUCCCGGGAAAAGCAGAUGAGGGAGGACGCAGAGCGUGCGAAAGAGGAGAUGGAAAGGCGGCUCUUUCAGCUACAGGAUGAGGCACGGCUGGCCAAUGACGCACUGCUUCGCUCGGAGGAGACGGCGGACCUGCUGGCGGAGAAGGCCCAGAUCGCGGAGGAGGAGGCUAAGCUGCUGGCCCACAAGGCAGCCGAGGCGGAGCAGGAACGCCAGCGGCUGGAGGUCACGGCGCUGAAGACGAAGGAGGAGAAGCGGCUGAUCGAGCAGAAGAUGCGGGAGGCGGAGCAACUCACCGUCAAGCUGGUGGAGCAGUCCGAGAGGAGGCUGAAAGAGGCAGACCAUCUGAAGCAGGACCUGAACGAGGCUAAGGAUGCAGAGCGCAGGGCCAAGCAGAAGCUGCUGGAGAUCACCAAGACCACCUACCCGAUCAUGGCGGCUUAUUCCAGCCCCCCUCUGACCCUUGAAGGAGGGGACCUUAACCUUGAUGCAGGGCCCUGCAAGAUGGACUUCAAGGACAGCGAUAUGAAGAGGCUGUCCAUGGAGAUCGAGCGGGAGCGGCUGGAGUACAUGGAGAAGAGCAAACACUUGCAGGAACAGCUGAAGGAGCUCAAGUCGGAGAUCGAGUCCCUGAAGCUGGAGGAGCAGCAGCAGAGCAGCAUGUUUGCCCCCCGCACCGACCCCCGCCUCUACUUCGAGCAGCCAUACGUCCCCCAAAGCAAUCGAAACUCCGCCUACCUGGCUCAGAUGGCGUACUCCGAGGAGGUGUGACGAGGAUUAAGGGCGGGUGACUGGCCGCCUUGCGCUCCUACCAUCCGUAAAAUACAUGUACAUUAUAUAUAUAUAUAAUCACUGCCUCGCAUUAAUGACACUCAAACUAUUGAAAUACCUCUGCAGUAAUGCAAAGUCAUUUAACUUUUCUUCUCCUCCUUUUGUGACGUGUGUGUUCAGUGAAACACAAACUCUGCAAAUGCUUUUUUCAUUUUCCUGAUUUCAGGGACUUGUUGCUACCACUGCAGCAAAUUAAACAGCUCAGCAUUUAGCCUAGUGUGUGUUUCGUAUAACCAAGUACCUUCUUCUUGUAACACUUGGUGUUUCGCAUGUUCAAAUGGAAGUUGAAUAAAUACUUUGUUCUACAAUGUAGCCUGAACGGUGCCGUAACUGUGACACUAGGCUUCUGAUCUCAAAGGGGUUAGAAGAUAAGAAAUUUACAAACGGGAGGUCAUUCGGCCCAUCAAGCUCAUUUGGGGAGAACUGAACUAAUAGCUGAAAACUUGGCUUGUGCUUGUCUGUUUCGUUGGAAAGCCAAUAUAUUUAUUUGCAGAAGCUGAGUUUAGUACUUCAUUUGAAGCUUUUACAUGCAGAAAGUCUUACUAAAUAGUUGGGACAAGUAAGCUGUUUCAGUGUUGUCUGAUUUACUUGGUGCUUCUGUUCAAUGCGGCUGAUUAGUUUUAGGUUGGUCCACACUCCUAAUUGUAUGUUUUUAAUUAAGCACCCUUAAGAUAUAAACCUUAUACCUUCUGUUUUUUAUCUGACGAUCGAAUGUUCCAUGCCUUGAAACUCCAGCGCCCCCCUUGUCAGCCAUCUGUCCCCCCCCCCCCCCCCCCCCCAUGCAUCACAGGUCACGUUGGAUUCACUUGCAGUUCUACUCUACAAGCCGCGCACAUUUCAUUGCAUCUUUCCUGCCAGCAAAUCUUAACAAGACAACAGCCCGUGCUGCUGCACGCUAAAUCUAGCAGCUAAUUAUAAUUGUAACUUGUGGCAACUGCCAAUUUCGACAAUCUUACUAAAACCACAGUAUUGUUACUAGUGUGUCAUGCAGUCAUAUUCCCUAGGCAUUCAGGAUUAAAUAGCUAACUUUCUGUCGAUUUGGACCUCUACGCAGGUCCAGUCCUAUGUCUGGUGUCUGUUUACUCGUCCUCUCUUGUGGGCUCACCAUGCAGUAUUCUGUCUAGCAUUCCUACAGUAAUGCGUUUUGUUUUCAGCAAGAGUGGACUUUUCAGGUCCAGAAAGUAAGAAUCCAGACCAUGUUUUUGUUUCAGCCAACCGGUUGAAUACUCUGAGACUGACUUUUUAGGCUUCGCUAGGUGGUUGAAAUAAAAUCUUGGUCUGGAUGUUUUCUUCUUGGACCUGAAAUUUCCACCUCUGGUUUUCAGCCAAACAUAAGCAGUCAUGUUUUAAUGAUUCAUUACAAAGCUCAUUUAAAAAUGAAAUCAUUAUUAUAGGAUCUGUAUUUGGCCUUUUAUGAGCACUACUAAUAAGGAGCCUUAGGCGGGAGGAGGGCGUCUCUUUAUUGUGUGCCGUGAGAUGGUGAGAGCUUAGGCCAGUGUUUCCCAAUCCGGUCCUCAAGGACGACAUAGACAGUCCAUGUUUUUGCUCUAUCCCUGCUGCCUACCGGGAGCUGGAAGUGAGCAAAAAUGUGAGCUGUCUGGUAGAGAGCUCGGAGGGAGCAUAAACGUGGACCGGCUGUAGGUCCGCGAGAACCAGAUUGGGAAACACUGGCUUAAGGCAUCUUGCAGGCUAGCCCUGGCUCUGUACCCGGGAUGUUCACUGCUCUGACAUUUCAAUAAAUUAUGUCAAUACUU